CACGGCCGCCUGCAAGCCGCUCGCUUGGGAGUGGUGCGGAUCUCGCCAGUGCCUCUCUGGGUUUUCUUUGCAAAUCCCCCGCAGGCAGAGUUUGCUCAACUAGUUGAACUGGCUCUUUCUCUCUUGUUUUUUUGGCAAACCAAGGAUUUCCUUCCUGAUAAAAACAGCCGGCCGGCGCCCCGAUUGGGUGCAGGGUUGCGGAGGAUAUGACAUCAGGCACAUCUCUCGCUUCGUGCAGUGUGGUCUGCCCGAUUGCUGGCUGCCUACCAGUGGAGUCAGGGAGGUGUUUCCCUAAACCCCAUCCCAGGUACUCGAGUUUCUGCAUGAAGUGGUGCUGCACUGAGUCCCAGCCCGCUGCGAGGUUUGUUGGAGUGGUGCGCAGGCAGUCUGCUCAACAGAUCACUCACGCGUGCAGGGGCUUGCUGAGGACGAUGGAAUUUGAACCCUCAAGAGCAACCCUGAAGUGAGAAAACAGAAAUUGGGCACACAAGGCUGAGAUGGAUGAUGAGGGAACGAAUCAAAACGCCAGUAAAUCACAAGGAGCUGGGGGCCAGGCGUCUGCAACGUCUCCAUCAUUGCUGCUGAUGAGGGACUUUGUUUCAGACUGGUCUCCUUUACAUGAUGCCUCUAUCCAUGGGCGCCUGCUUACUCUGAAGAAACUCAUCAGCCAGGGGAGUGAUGUUAAUCUUGUUACAACAGACCAGGUGUCUCCCCUCCAUGAAGCCUGCCUAGGUGGUCAUGCUGCUUGUGCCAGUGUCCUAUUAAAACAUGGUGCGAAGGUGAAUGGAGUGACUGUUGACUGGCACACUCCUUUGUUCAGUGCCUGUGUCAGUGGCAGUGUGGCUUGCUUGAAUUUACUGCUGCAACACGGAGCCAGCCUGCACCCGCUCUGUGACUUAGCAUCCCCCAUCCACGAAGCUGCUAAAAGAGGUCAUGUGCAAUGUGUCGAGAUCCUUGCGUCCCAUGGGGUGAACAUAGAUCAUAACAUCAAGCAUCUGGGUACCCCGCUUUAUGUAGCUUGUGAGAACCAGCAGGUCAACUGUGCCAGGAAGCUGCUUGAGUCAGGAGCAAAUGUGAACAGCGGCAAGGGCCUGGAGUCCCCACUGCAUGCAGCUGCCAGGAGUUGCAGUGUGGAGCUGGUGACGCUGCUGAUUGACUUUGGAGCAGACAUUUGGGCAAAAAAUGCCAAAAGCAAGAGGCCGAUGGAGCUGGUUCCAACUGGAAGCCACUUGGGUCGACUGUUCCUGCAGAAAGAAGGGCCGCUGUCCUUGAUGCAUUUGUGCCGCCUGUGCAUCAGGAGGUGCUUUGGACACAAGCAGCACCAGAAAAUAACUGGUCUUCUCCUCCCAGAAGAGCUGAAACGUUUUCUUCUCCAUGUUUAAGCCUUUUGAGUUCAAAGUGGUGCCUUAAUAAUACAGCAAGAGAGCUGUCCUGCUGCCACAAACCAAAGUGCAGUUACAAACACUCUGUGCUCUCCUGGAUGCUCCCCUGGGAAUACUGGCUGCCCAACAGAUACGGGACUGAGGAUGAUGAAGGUCUAGGUCUUCCACCAUCAACCUCAUCCUACCUCCAUAUCUGGACCACUGUGCACCUGCGGGGUUAGUGUCAUGUUUCUUGUGAGCCAGAGGAGCAGGCCAAGCACUUGGGUGAUCUUGGAGAUCCCUUUCUUCUUCACUUAGCUAUGAAGACUCCUGCAAGAAUGAGCUCGGUGUGCAAAAACUGCGGUGAAAUCAUCAACAUCAGCAAUGAGAUACAGAUGGUCCUCUCCUCGUGUUAGCAGCAGCCUUCAAGUACACCCACGGUUCUGGUGUUUGCUGGUGUGCGCGUGCACAGUGCCAGCCUUCCUUUCGCUUACGAGAAGUACGAGAGGAGGGACCAAAGGCUACACCUGGGUACUUGUAUUUGAUGUAAAGAACAGUUCAGAUACUCAGCCGGACAACACAACUACUGGCUGCAGGUGUCUGGUGUAAGAGUUUAAUUGUUGUGCUGACCAAACACAGCAGGAGCAGUUCCUUUGGUUUGUGGGACACAAAAUUGUACCCUAAUGGGACAAAAUGAGAAGUACAGUCAGGUCCUUAAAAUUCCUUUUUAUGGGGUAUGGACAUCUAGACAUCUUCACUGAUCUGACCCAGUUCAUCACAUGUUAUCUGAGCCAUAUAAAAAAUCACUGGCUGGUUUAAGAUGGCCAUCUAUAUUCUUUCUUUCCUGCUGGGGG